AGCAUAAGGCCAGGGAGGAGGUGCUGAGGGAGCUUUAGCCUGGACAAGGGGAGUCUCAUGAGGAACCUUCAGCUUUUCAUCAAUGCUUCCAAAUGUUUUAGUCACUUUCAGGUGUGACUUUUUGCCUUUUUUAUUUUUUUUAAUUUCUGAUUUUUGUUGUGCUUGGAGUGCAAGUCCAGUCACACUUUCUUUUCCUCCUUUCUGAGGCACAUUUCCUCAUUAUUUCUUGCCCUUUUAUGGUACUUGGACUGGAUCUGCUAGAAUUCUGAUUCCCUAGGUGUCACUUUUGGACAAUGGAAUGUUUUUGCUUGUGAACUCAUCCUUCGGUGCAGGCACCUUGGUGCAGAAGAAGCUGUUGUGGUUCCAGGGUAGACAGUAUGGCAUUACAGACCAGUUUGAGGUUAUCAGUGCCUGUGCCUUUUUGCAGCCCAGUGAAUCAGUGUGUGUUGUGUUUGGGAAUUUAGCAGGAUAUCAAUACCUUUGUAUUUUGCUGGUCCUGAGAGAUCAGAGGAGCUGGAAGGGGCUGGGCUUUAUGUCUUAUUACAGCCACUUUAGAGUUGUCAGUGUGGUCGAGUCCAAGAGAAGAACUUGCUCCAGCACAGAUGCGCAAAGAGUGCAGUUCCCAGUGCAAUGCUCUGGAUCAGAUCACUUUCCAUAAGGACGUACGCACUCCAGAUUCCCCAAGAGUGUGGUUUAUUGAAGCAACAGGACAGCAAUCUCAGGAUUGCUGCUGAGCAGGGCACUGGCUACCAAGUGUUGAUGUGUGCAGCAGCAGAGAGGAGAGUAAAGAGAGAUUGUAUCAGUGAGAUCUAUAUGUCUAUGUUUCUGUCUGUCUAUCUGUCUAUCUAUGUAACAUUUACAUAACUGAAUUUUCCCAGCUCUGGCACAAAGGAGUUGGAGGUGCAAAGCUCACCUAAAGCAUCCCUUUCAGGAGAGGAUUAGUGACAUGUUCUCUUGACCAAUUCCGAUCAGGCAGAGAUGUUUCCCCCUCCGGAUACGGUGGUUUUUUUCCCCUCAGAGCUGUUCACCUCCUCUGGCCUCUUCGGCCCAGAAGUCCCCAGUUAAAUCUUGAAAUUUCUGCCUGUCGUAGAGAGGUGGAACAAUUCCAUGGUUCAGGGGUGUUUGGUGACUCUGCUCAUACAUGCAUUACAUGACACACGGUUUCCUUCACUGGCAUCCCCAGGGGUGUGUAAGUGCAUUUGUUAAUGGGGCCUUAUGAGAGUCUCUGUUACUGCUGGUCACAAUUCUCAGCUGACAAAAGAGGGAGAAGAAACACCUUGGUCCUCUUCCAAAUACUGAGGUGGCCAUAGAGGCUCUGUGACCUCCAUCAGAGGAUCUUUGCAGGCAUUCUUAUCUCCUGAAUGACCAGGAUUUCUAACAAGAGUGUAGAUGUCAGAAAGGCAGGAAUGCUGGUGCAGGCCUGAGGAGAACGCGAACUGCAGAAGUGUCUCUCCCAAAGGGUGAGCUCAGCCAGGAAGCCACCUGCAGAGCCAGGAUGGAGCUGUGGGACAGGGCUGGGUGUCAGUCACUACUGAAAGACAAAGAGGACAUGGCAGGAGCAGAGGGAGGCCCUCACCAGAGCCUUGAGGAAUGCCACACCUUCCCUGUCAGCUGCCUGACAGGCUGUUGGAGCUUCAGUGCCAGAUGGCCCCUGAUUGUAGUGCCGGGGUCACUUUGGAAUCUGUGCCUCCCCAUGGGCAGAGAGUGACCCAGGAGAUAAGCACAGAGCUUUGGGAAUGUGUGAGCCUGUAGUAGUGUGUUAAUUUUUCUAAAUUUUUAUUGUAAUUUUCUGUAUGUAUUUUCCCCAUGGUUUUGCUCGGGUCUCCUACCUCUCUCUCUCCUGCAGUGUUGAUCUCCCCUCCAGUCACCCUGUUCCCCUCCCAGUUCUCAGUUGUAUCAUUGUUAGCCCCUCCCUGGUCCCCUGUCCGUCACCCGGUGGCCACCCCUUUUCUUCCAGAACUUUCAGUAAAGGCCAUCGAGGGAUUGGAUCAGAGGCCAGGGCUCCACCCCAGUUCUUCCCCCAUUGGAUUCCCAUUGUUGUCAAUUGUGUUGCUCCUCCCCUGUUCUUACCUACGAUUGGUCCUUGUCCCUAGUAUAUACUCUCCUGUCGGUCUCGGGUUAUUCGAGAUCCUCGGCGGUUGCCCUCCCUGAAUAAACCUACCCCGUUUACACCACCGUCGAGGCUCCGUCUUUUCUUCCUGCUGCGGGUUGCAGCCAUUCUACAACACCUUUGCUCUGCGGAUCCUCUGUCCCCAAGGCAAAAGCCUUAGGCGCUCUCCUCAGGAAGAAGCUGUUCCUGUGGGAGAGUGCCCCCAGUGCUGCUGGCGGUGCUGGCCGAGCUAGCCGGGACUUUGAUAAUUUGAGGAAGUCAGCCGCCGCCGCUGCAUGAGCCCAUCAGCCUUUGAGUCUUGGCCCUCAAAUAUCGUAUGGCAAGUCGAAACCAUCUUGUCUUGCUUUCUCUGCAAGUUCCUGUAGAGAAAAAGCAGGAGCAGAUGGCUUUAUCAGAGAUGCCAUGCCAGGCUCAGGGAGAGCUGUUCCCAGCUCGAGACCAGGAAGAGCAGCUCAGGAAGCGGGUGGAAGAGCCACAGCAGAAUGGCCAGAACAUCAAGGCAGAGCCAGAAGCAGAGCUGCCCGAAGCUCAGAGUGCCAUCAUGGCAGUGAAGAGGAGGAAGAAGGAAGACAUGAGAAGAAUUCAAGAGGAGAUUCAUCUCCACCAGCACAGGGGCGAUCAACAAAAACAUGUAAGUGGAAGAGUGGCAGCCACUCCACUCAUGAAACUUCCCAUGCAUUGUUGUUUACAGACCAUCAAGGAAGAUGUGCAGGCAGAGCUGCAGGAAUCUGAGGAUAGGAACAAGGCAAGGGUGAGGAGGCUGGAGGAAGAAAUGAAAAUUGUCAGAGAGGAAGUUAAUCCCCUCCUUCAGGCUCUACAAAAUCAAGUGCAAGUGUCGACAUCUCACCUGGCAGCCUGCAAAGACUUCCAGCAAACAAUGGGCAAUGAAGGGCCCCAAGGUUGGUGUGAGGCACAGGAACUGUCCCCACCAGAAGUGCGACAGGUUCAGCACACCAUGGGCUUUGGCAUUAAACCUGCUGCUGCAGCAGCAUUACCUGGAGGAAGAUAUACUGUUGAAUCUUGGAAGUCAAGUUCCAACGGUUCGUUCAUCACCAGUUCUGACAGCAGCAUGGCUGCUCCAAAACCAGAGAUUGAGAAGGGGUACCUGGAGAUUGUGGGUAUGUCUGGUGUAUUUCUUGCCUGAGGGACAGUGCACUCUGUGCAGGUGUCAGCAGAGCUGUACCAAAUGCUCCUCCUGACUUUGGUGUCCCACUGGGGACAUUCAGGACUCCCCAGAGGAAGUGCUGUGCUCCGAGGCAUUAAGAGAGCGCUCUGGGUGUUCCUGCUGCCUCUGAGGGCAGCUUGGACUGACUUGGCUUUGCCUGAGCUUCCCUCUCUGCUGAAGGCUGAAGCAGCGAUUGUUCUUGAACCAGAUGAAGUCUGUGAGCUAGCAAAUCAUCUGGACAAGUCCUGUGUGCCAGUGGCCAAACAGAACAGAAUCUUUAGCUUCCUAGAUUCUCCGUAGACUCCUGACUUC